CUAUUGUAGAAAUAAUGCAUUGAAUUGAAUGAAACAAAUGCACAAUAAAUUGCAAACAACUGGAAAGUGUGUGAAAGAUAUCACAAACACUUGAAAGCCUUCAUUGAAUGCAAGAAUUGGUUUUGAGAUAACAAUCACUGAAUCAGACGUUAAUUGUCACCAAAAGCAGCCAAAUGUUGACUCAAGCAGUGCUCAGACGUGUCUUAGCGUCCACACCACGGAUGGCCGCCAUCCGGAUGUCGAGCACAUCGUCGGCCACCACUCCAUCCGAAGACUAUUUCGCCAAAAACUCUCGACUCAAUCGCCCUCUGAGUCCAUACACUCACUACAAACCACAGAUAACUACCGUCCUAUCCAUCAGUCACCGGAUGACAGGUCUGGCCCUAUCGGUGCUCCUCUAUGGCGGGGGUAUCAGUGCGUUGGCCUCAUCGCAGACCAACUUCGCUCAAGUGUUGCAAUCCAUUCAGACAACGGUUCCGCACUCUCUCCUCUUCACUGUCAAAGUGUUGGCCGGCACUUCUUUAGUCUAUCACAUCCUCAAUGGUAUCCGACAUCUGAGUUGGGACUACGGCUUCGGCUUUUCUCUGAAAGAGCUGUACACCACUGGCUAUAUCGUAGUCGCUCUGUCGUUGUUAUCUGCACUCGUUAUCGCAAUAUAUGCCAAUUAGUUAGACUUUGCAUUCACUUCAACACACGCUUUGAAGCAAAUAAUAUGGGAUUUAAUUUAAUUAGAAAUUAAGAAAAAAUUAGACC